ACUGAUCAUCCACCGUUAAAAGCGAUCGCACCUAUACGGAUACACACGAUGCAGAAUUCUCCAGCCGCCCCUCCCCUACUAGGCUACUACUAGUAGGGGGGCUGGAGAAUUCUCCCUUUAAAAAAGACGAGAGAGAGAGAGAGCAGUUUCGUCAUCGUCGGAGGCCAUGGAUUCUGUCAAAGCACAAAAAACCUCCGGUUGCCAUUUGGUGGCAAUCCCAUACCCAGGAAGAGGCCAUGUCAACCCCAUGAUGAACUUAUGCAAGCUCAUCGCUUCAAGAGGCGAUGAUAUCCUCAUCACCUUAGUCGUCACCGAAGAAUGGCUCGACUUCAUAGGCUCGUCGCCUGAGCAAGCUAAAAUACGGUUCCGAUCGAUCCCGAACGUCAUACCGUCGGAGCGCAUCCGUGCACUCGACUUCCCCGGAUUCGUUGAGGCUGUUUAUACAAAGAUGGGGGCUUCGGUGGAGCAGCUGCUAGACCAGCUCGAGCCGUCGGCGACUGCCAUCGUAGCCGAUACUUACUUGCCUUGGGCUGUCUCUAUCGGCAACAGGAGGAACAUUCCAGUUGGAUCGCUGUGGACCAUGUCGCCCUCCGUAUUCUCGCUCUUCUAUCAUUUUGAUCUGCUUUCACAUAACGGACAUUUCCCAGCCGAUUUGUCAGAAAGGGGAGGCGAAUGCAUCGAUUACAUACCUGGCAUAUCUCCCAUCCGCUUGAAGGACAUCCCUAAUGUCUUUUCAGAAGCCAGUCGACUACUCCUAAAUCGGGUUAUUGAAGCAUUCAAUUGGGUGGUUAAAGCACAAUGUCUUCUGGUCACUUCUUUCUACGAGAUGGAUACCCAUGUCAUAGACACCUUGAGGACAAGACUUCCAUUUCCAGUCUACCCAGUAGGCCCCUCCAUUCCUUACGCAACGCUUGUGAAAGACUCGCCCUCCACGACUACUACACUCAGCGACGCCGACUGCUACUACUUCAAAUGGCUUGAUUCUCAACCCAGAAGCUGUGUCUUGUACGUAUCUAUGGGCAGCUUUCUGUCCACCUCUUCCGAACAGAUGGAGGAGAUCGCGGCGGGGUUACACGAUAGUGGGGUUCGGUAUCUAUGGGUUGCUCGCGAAGACGCUUCACGUUUUCAGGAGACUUGUGGCGAGACUGGGCUGGUGGUGCCCUGGUGUGACCAAUUGAGGGUCUUGUGCCAUCCUUCUGUGGGAGGGUUUUGGACGCACUGCGGAUGGAAUUCGACCUUGGAAGCUGUGUUUGCAGGUGUUCCUAUGCUCACUUUUCCCAUACUGUUCGAUCAGUUCACGGAUAGUAAAUUAAUUGCGGACGACUGGAAAAUUGGAUGGAGGGUGACGGAGAACGUGGGAGCAGAUACGCUGGUGAAAAGAGAGGAUAUUGCCAACCUCGUUCGGAAGUUCAUGGACCACGACGGAAGUGAAACUAAGGAGAUGAGGAGAAGAGCACGAGAAAUCCAAGAAAGUUGUCAAAGAGCAAUCGAGAAAGGAGGAUCCUCUGAGACUAAUCUCAGCGCUUUUCUUAGAGGCUUUCUGCAAUGCCAUGUUUCCUGAAACUUGUAUUAGUUCUAGUGAGUAGUGACAACAAAUAUAAGCAGAUUCCACGUUGGACUUCGACUUUCCAUUGAACGCUUGAACAUUUCAUUUUCUUUUUAAA